AGGGCUUUUGAUCCAGAAGUCGUUGUUCAGAGGAUGAUUGAUAUGUUGAGAGAGGAAAGUGCUGCACAAGGGAAGCAAGUGGAAGCUUUUUAUUAUCAGAGUUUGGAAGAUUUGAAAAGAGAUCCUGAUUUCAAACAAAUUCUUACGGAGUUCAAAGAGGCACUAGAUGGCGAAAGAAACAUGAUGACUAUAGGUUUGCUGGUUGCUUAGGGACCGGUCAUUAUUUAUCACCUGGGGGGUGGGGAUUUUGGGGGAUUACUUGAUUUUUAGGAGAACAAAAGGGGGGAUCAGUCGUAACUGAGAACCCAAAAGGAAGGAUUGCUGAAAACUUUGGAAGGAUUCAGAGGGGGGACCACUCAAAUUUGCAUGGAAAAUGAAGACGUGGGGGGAAUCGCGAAAGUCAUCAAAUGUUAUAAGUGGGGAUCACUUCAGUGAAGUAACAUUCAAAGGGGGAUCGGCUAAACUUCACCUUGGUAAGCCCCAAAUUCUCCAACGCCGCCAACCCUCCAACGCCCCAAACCAGGCGAUAAAUAAUGAUUGGUCCCUUAGUUUUAGCCUGCGUCUCUGACACGUAAUCUAACCCAGGUUAGUAACGUCUGCGAAGCAUCGCCGAAAUCCUCGUUCUGGGCCCCCUACGGACUCAACAAAUUACCGGAAGUGUGUUUCGAAUUUCCCUUCAACCUGACUGGCCAAUCGACAAUGGCAUUUUAACAGGUCACUAAUGGAGCGUACACGAACCCUUGUACACAGGUGGAGGCGCAGGAAAAGUACUUCCGCGCUGUUUCGUAGACGGACUUAACCAGAGUUUAGUUUCGUCUGUGGCGGGCGCAGGCUACUUGGCAUUUGCUUAUUGUUUGCUGAAUCCACUUAUCUUGUUUGCUACCUUGGUUGAUCUUGCUUGCCACUUUUGUUAUUUUUUUUUCUCUUUUUUCGUGGUUUAUGAAGGAACCGAUCUACCUGAACUCCAAGAAGAUUCGAAUCCAAUAAAAGACGUCGGACUCAGGGGUGAAGUCAUAACUGGAGAAGAGACUGAAUCAGAGAACGACUUGAUAAGAUACAGUAACUACAUGUCAGGAGCAGGAUCCACGUUUGGGGGUUUCAUGGCUGAACUUCCUGAAGACAUCAAUGAUAUAACGACAGGUACGAAAAAAGCCUUAGUUUUGCAAUUGGUAAGAGCGUAAAUUACAAUUUUUAACUGGGUCUUUCAGUAUAUAAGACAGAAAUAAAGCAAGGAAGCACGAUCUACCAAAUUCCGUCGUAUGUGCAUCAAGAGCAGUGGCAGCCAUGAACAGCUGAUUCUAGUCAGAACUUAUCAGCAUGAUGUUACCCUAGGAGUAAGGGUCUCACUCGUGAUCACAUGACUCCGUCAUUUACCGCCGAGGUUAAUGCAAAAUCACCAGCCUCAACGUAUCACAGAGACCCUUUAACCUGGAGCUAUGACAUGCCAAUAACAAGGACGAAACAUCUAUCCAUGGCUGCCACUGCAACGGUAUGCCUGUGCGAAUGCGUAAGGAAAUGGCCAGGGUUGGUAGUGUGGGGUCUGCUUUAUUGCUUAAUUUGGGUCUUUCAUUACAUGUUCAAAGCUUGCAUUACUCAGUUCUAGUUCUUUCUUUUGCUAGGAACGAUGGACUCUUUAAAUUUCAAAUACGAUGGUUUAAAGUACAUUUUAGAGAAGAAGUCAGAAAAUAUUGAUGUUCACAGAGUAUUUCAAAGAAUGGUAGGAUAUAACAUACAGACUGAAAAAGAUCUCCGCUUAAAGAGAACUGGUGUGAAAGAUCUCCAAGAGAUGGUGGUGACGGAAUCAUUUGAGAAUAUCAAAGCUUUUGAGGGUGUCAGCGGUGAGCAAAGACUGGCUCAAGAAAACUUCAAUACGGUGAAAAAACUGGGACAGGAAAGAUCAAGGAUCUCAUCCAGAAAGAUAGCUGGAAAAAUUUUACGGAAAGUUGGAAAUGGUGUAGAGACUGCCAGUACUGGCCUUAGUUUCGCUCAGGGAGGAAUUGACACAGCAGCUGGGAGUGAUAUGAUUGACAGAGCUCGUGAUUUGAGAUCUAGGGGUGCAAUCAGCGAGAGUGAAUAUAAUGAGAUGAUGAGAAACGGACGACUUCGAGUUGCUCAAGGAAGCUUUGGUAUAGCCAGUGGAAUGAAAAAUGUUGGGGAAUUUGUUGGAAAAAGAAUUAAAAAUAAUUUAGCAAAAAAAUUUGGCGAAAAGGUGGCGAAGAAAGCCAUACGGUUUGCGCCUUUUGUUGGCAGUGCCAUUUCAAUUGGCACGAGUAUUGUGUCGUUGGCGAAGAAUGCAAUUGCAGCAAGUGACGCUGCAAAACAGGGUAAUGUCGGUAAAGCUGUUAUGUAUGGGGUCAUGGCAGCUGUUGAUGGGGUGACAGCUAUUCUGGACGGAGUAAGUCUAGCCUUAGAUUUUAUUUUCCCGCCAUUGUCGCCAAUCGUAGAUCUUAUCAGUACAAUCUUGCAGGUGGUGAAUACAGUUCUUGGUUUCUUUGCUGAUUUGUUCGACUUUCGAUCCAUUGAACAACGAGUAAAGGAUGAAUUUAAGACUUACAUAGAGUCCCAAGCAUUUAAGAAGUAUUUGAAAAAUUUGGAAGAUGAAUACAGGAGAAGAGGAUUUGACAUUUUUAUCUACUAUGUAGAUGCGGAGGCAGCAGGAAUAGAUGCAGAUAAGGCAACUUUACAAAACGAAAAGAGGAAUUUUACCAAGUGUCUGACCGCCAGAGCGAUUGCAGAUUUUCAUAACAAAGAAAACAGAGUAGCAUUAAUGGACGCAACAAGUGUCGGCAAAACGUUACGAGGUCGGCUAAGCGAUGAUGAAAUUGUAGCUGGUUUUGGUCCAGACCGUAUUUAUGGUGAAGAGGGUGAUGACAUAUUGUUUGGACGAGGCGGAAGUGACAGCAUUUUUGGUGGGCCAGGAAAUGAUUAUCUUAAUGGCGGAACAGGAAGGGACACUCUUCUCGGUGGAGAAGGUGACGAUUUUAUUGUCUGUGAGGCAGGUGUCGACAGACGGUGUGAGGGUGAGGAAGGA